UAACAUCCAGGCGGAACUAAGUGUAGGUAGGUCUCAUAUCUGGUAGGAACGUUUAUUGGUUACACCGGAGUCGCGCUCUCGAAGGAGAUUGCUGCGAACCAUGCCUAAGUUUUACUGUGAUUACUGUGACACCUACCUUACACAUGAUUCGCCAUCGGUGAGGAAGACUCACUGCAGUGGCCGGAAACACAAAGAAAAUGUGAAAGAUUACUACCAGAAAUGGAUGGAGGAGCAGGCUCAGAGCCUGAUCGAUAAGACAACGGCUGCCUUUCAACAGGGGAAGAUCCCUCCCACACCGUUCCCUGGUGGCCCUCCCCCAGGUGGUCCUCCUCGCCCAGGCAUGCUACCAACACCCCCUAUGGGAGGUCCUCCUAUGAUGCCCAUGAUGGGGCCUCCACCACAUGGGAUGAUGCCUGGUGGACCUGGAGGCAUGAGGCCGCCGAUGGGAGGACCCAUGCAGAUGAUGCCAGGACCACCACACAUGAUGCGCCACCCUCGACCAAUGAUGAUGCCGGUCAGGCCGGGCAUGAUGCGUCCAGACAGAUAAGAACCAGUGGAUUUUGUCCGUUCUUUGUUGCCAUGAACAGACACAGUCAAGUGAGGACACUUGGUUUAACACUUGGGUUUAUCAAUGUGACUUUUUAAAUUCUCAAAUGUCCAAUCUCUUCAGCCCCUGAAGUAAUUGUCAUUUUUGUAUAAUUACUUUAUUUUCUGCUUGGAUCUUGAUAUUUAUUACUUUUCACCUCGUCAGAAUUAAUUUCAGAUCCCCAUUUUAGAGACAUUUUUUAAUUAAACAUCCUCUCUUCUGUUAGUGUCAAGCAUGAAAUGUCUUGUCUCACUCUGACAUACUGUUCGGCACGCACAUUUAAGGAGCGUUUUUCAUUAUUUUGUUAUUUGUUACUAUAUUUUUGCUUUUAUUUUAGGUUUUACAUGUUUUUGUUGUAUUUCAUUGCAUUGCUUUGGGAAAUUAAACAAUGAUUUUAAAAAA